GCUAGAGCUAAACGUUUGAGUACAACUUGCGCUACACCAUUUUGAUUUUAGGGUAUGCAAUCAUCUUUCUUCACCAGUUUGAAUUCCAAGAAAAUAACUGGAAAAACAUACAUAGAGACAUUUAGUUUCACCCAGUUUGCUUUCUCAUCAUCCUCUUUUCAAUCAGAUCUAUUUGCCUAACUAUCUUUCUGGAGCUAUGUACAAGAAUUGAAGGAAUCAGUUAAAUACCCACAAACGAUUUGGAAAAUCAAAUACGAAGCACAAAGUAAAGAUAAUUUGGAUAUGAUUCAAGCUUUUGCAACUUUUUAAGAAUUGAGCUAGCUUUGGGAGUAGUUCACUAUUAAGCUGCUUUAUUCCACAAAGAACUGUCGAGCUUCCACAUUGCCUAUGCUCCUAGCCUUUCUCUUUGCAGAAUUGGAUCUGAACCUUCCAAGUGAAGUUUUUAUAUGGAGUAGUGGAGUAUUGUAGAAGAUCUGAUCCUUUCUGUUCUAGCUAUUAUCUACUCCAAGAGGCAACCAAAACAACACACAAGGGAAAGGAAGAUAUAUUGGCACAUUUUCUUCAAAACAUGAAAGCAGUAGCGAUUACACGUCAACUGAGUAACCUGAUUUCCAACAAAAGCAUUUUGGAGGAUCUGAAUAAUGAACUAAAGAAUCUGCUAGAACAAAAGCAAAGGGUGCAAGAAAAUCUUACUUGGGAAUCUGAAGAAUUCGAGACUCAAAUUAGCUGGUUAAAAAAAGUUGAUGAGAUUGAUGAACAAGUGAGGGCAUUCUUGUCCUACUUUGAAGGCAAAGGUACUUGCACAAAUUUCAUGUGGCGGUACAAGGUUGGUAAGAAAUCAGCAAAGAUGAGAAAAGAUAUCUCACAAUUAUAUGAAGAAGGAAAAUAUUUUCUAUCUAUUAAACCAGCAAAAGACUAUAAAGGCCCAAAAUCAAGACCCGAUACUAUACAUGAUAUCAUGGAGGCCCUAAAGAACCCUGAUCUUUUCCAAACAGUUGGAGUAUGGGGGCUGGGUGGUGUAAGCACAACCUCAAUAGCCAAACAAGUUGGGGAGCAAGCAAAAGAACAAAACUUGUUUGAUUCAGUGGUUGUGAUAAAAGUAACUGAGAAGCCAAAGGUGAAACAAGUUCAAGAAGAUAUUGCAACUGAAUUGAUUGUGCAUUUCGAUCAGGAAACACUUGUAAAAAGAAGAAACAAAUUGCGCCAGAGAAUGAAGAAUGAGAAGAUUCUUGUCAUAGUUGAUGACAAGUGGGGAGAGUUGAACCCUCAGGAAUUUGACUUGGAGGAAAUUGGAAUUCCUUUGGGUGAUGAACAUAAAGGGUGCAAAUUAUUAUUGGCAUCAGGAAAUUUGAAUUUCAUACAAAAUGUGAAGGGUGGCACUAAGGUUAAGGUGUUUCAGUUAGAAGUAUUACUAGAAGAUGAGGCUCUGAGCUUGUUUGAGAAGAUGGUUGGAGGUGUUGCUCAAGAUUCUGAUGCAAGUUCCAUUGUAACCGAUAUAGUUAAAAGUUGUGAAGGUUCAACAUCAUUAAUUUUUUCCAUUGCUAAAGCAUUGAAAAAGAAGGGCUUAGAAGACUUGAUGAAGUUAAAGGAAAAUGUUUCACCAACAAAACUAUUGUCCUAUAGUUUAGAAAAUGAUCAGGAACUCAAAUCAUUAUUGUUGCUUCUGACUAUUCGGGGAAGAAGGGCUAUUAACAGGUAUAGCAUAUUUAUAGACAUGUGGAUUGGUUUAAUAAAAAAUAUUGAAACAUUAGAUUCUGCAAGAAAGAAGCUUGAUUCACUAAUUAGUGAUUUAAAGGCCUAUGGUCUUCUUGUUGAAGAUGGAAAGGAAAAUGUUAAGAUAGAUGACUUCAUAUGGAAAACUGCUUACUCAAUAGCUCAAAAUGAUGAACAAGGUUCAAUAAUUUCAAGAGAAUGGCCACAUGAUGAAGAACUGCCAAAAGGUUUAGCCUUCUGCAACAUAAAUAUUGUGAGUGGUUUGGCGAUUCCUGGAAGGUUGCAAUGUCCAAACUUGCAACAGCUUGUGAUAAGUACCGACACUCCCUCAAUGCAAGUUCCAGAUUCCUUUUUUGAAGAGACUAAACUUCUAAAGGUCCUAAAUUUUGUUGGCUUUGAUUGUUCAAAGCUUCCAAAUAGUUUGGCCUCGUUAGAGAAGCUUGAAGCAUUAUCCAUGAAUAAUUGCAAAUUGGGAGAUAUUACUAACGUUGGUGAGCUCACAAACUUAAAAGUGCUUAGCCUUCUUGGAAGUAGUAUCGAACAGUUGCCACGACAAAUUGGACAACUUGAGAAGUUGCUAUUCUUGGAUUUAAGAGAUACAUCUCUCCAAGUGAUUCCAUACAAUGUUUUGUCCAAAUUGGAAAGGUUAGAAGAAAUAUAUUUGAGAAAGUCAUUUUCUAAGUGGGAAACUGAUCAAUCUACCAAUGCAAGCUUGAAAGAGCUUGAAAAAUUGUAUCACUUGGCAUAUAUAGAAGACUUGAAUGUUCCUGAUCCUCAGGCAUGGCCAGUUGAUUUGUUCUUUGGAAUGCUAAAAUCAUAUACAAUUUUUAUUGGGGAUAAGUGGGUUCAAACGCAUGAUGGUGAUCAUCGAUUAAAGACAUUGAAACUGAAGCUCAACAGAGAGUUUCAGUCAGAAUAUGGAAUCAAAAGAAUGCUGAAAAGUGUUGAUGUUUUGUACCUUGAUGAACUAAAUGGUGUCCAGAAUAUUGUUAGUGAUUUGGACAGUGAGGGAUUUCCCCAUUUGCAGUCUCUCCUUAUACAAAAUAAUGCUGAAAUCAAAUGCAUAGUGGGGCAAAGUCAUGAUGAUCUUGAUGCUUUCACCAACUUGGAGUCUUUGACUCUCAACAAUCUAAACAAUUUGGAGCACAUAUGCCAUUGUAAUCAUUUAACUCAGAGGUCUUUCUUCAAACUAAGAGUUCUCAAAGUACAUAGCUGUGAUGCAAAGGGAUGUCUCUUCUCAAGUUCAAUGAUCAAAGGCCUUCCUCAUCUGGCUAAUGUGGAAGUUUCAGAGUGCAAAUCCAUAAAUGCAAUUGUUCUUAUAGAAGGUGCAGAGAAUUCUCCCAUAGAAUUUCUUGAGUUGUGUUCUCUAACAUUGAAAGGACUCCCAACAUUAGUCAGUUUCUGCUUAUCAAGUCAAGAAUCGUCUUCUUCCACUCAUACACCCACACUUUUUUAUGACCAGGUGUGUUGUCCUAAUUUGGAGACAAUGGUGAUUUCCAAGGUUAGUGAAUUGACAGCAAUAUGGAAUGAAGGGUAUGGUAUUUCAAAUUCGUUUUGCAAACUAAAAAUUGUAGAGAUCACAGAUUGUGAGAAAUUGAAGACUGUUUUUCCAGUUAAUAUUUCUAAUAUUCUUGAUAAUUUAAAGAUAUUAGAGGUUAGUAAUUGCAGUUCAAUGACAAGCAUUUUUACUGUGAUGAGGCAAGAUAACAAACAACCAGGAUCUCAAUUGAGCCUUCCCAUGAUUCGUAUAAAGUUACUUCACCUACCAAAAUUAGAGUAUGUAUGUGUCACUACAGAAUUUGAAUUACUCAAGAAAAAAUUUGAGGAAGAAUGGCAAGAUGGAGUUUCCACUUUACCAGCUCACCGACGGCCUGAAGCUCAAAAAAUGAUGAAAAAGUUUAUGAAAGAAUAUUUAAAUAUGUAGGUGCAUCAUGCUUCAUGCUUGGAAAACUGGCUGCUCCUUUAUACUUUAUUUAAUUUACUUUUAACUACAAGCUUUUCAUGUAUAUUUAAUCAUUGUUAUAUACUUUCAGUCUUUUAUUAUGUUGUACGUUUAAUUUGGAUUUCGUUUGUGUUGCUGAAGUGAAUCU